GAGCCAUGUCUUUGCUUCCCGAUGUGCGAGUCUUCAGCCCUUUUAACUCCCCCCACGGACUCCGCCAGCGAAUUCCGUCACCCGCCCCGUCCACACCUUGGUUGGGAGACUGGGAGUUAGGAAGGAGACUUCUAGAGAGUGUUCCUUUUUGUGUACUUUUGUGCUCCUUCUCCGUGAAGGGCGGUCCCUUUCCCUCAUCCCCUUUGCCAGUCCCUUUCCGUCAUGGAUCCAGCCCUCGAGCGCCGCUACAGGGAGGAAGUCCUCCACCUCCACUCCCUCUGGCACCGCGGACCUCCCCGGAACCCUAAUCCCAACCCCACCCUCCGGCCGGACACCUCCACCGCAUUCAAGAAGGAAGCCAAGAACAAGAAGAAGUCGAACUCGAAGGGGAAGAAGAAGCAUCGGCGGCAGCGGCAGCAGCAACAGGGCUCGGCAGCUGCCUCCGAUCAGCCCCCGGCCAAAGAGGUCGAAUGGCCGUGCGGUCCCACGCCGGAAAAGAAUGAUGCCUCUGCCACGUGGGCCGAUUUUGUCCCCACGCCGGCGGCCCCCCAGACCCGGCCUCCAUUCUCGGCCGAGGAGCAGGCGAGGGCCGUGGCGCAUCGGGCGCAGCAGAGGGGCCUGAAGGCCUGCAAGGACUUCUUCGCCAAGAAGGACGGCUCCGACGACGGGGAAGAGGAGGAGGAGGACUCCACGGCCGAGGAAGAGGAGGCCGGAGAGGGAGAUUUCAAGUUCUUCUUGGAGCUUUUUGAGGGCGAUGGGGAGUUGAGGGAGUAUUAUGAGAAGAACUGGGAGAAGGGAGACUUCAAAUGCUUGGUUUGUGGGGCGAUCGGGGAGAAGAAAUGGAAGAGGUUCGGAGAGUGCGUUGGGCUCAUCCAGCACUCAAACUCGAUCUCGAAGACGAGGAGGAGGGAAGCGCACCGGGCAUUUGCGAGGGCUGUGUGCAGAGUGCUUGGUUGGGACAUCAACAGACUGCCAAGCAUCGUUCUCGAUUCGGGCAAGUCUCUGGGCCAGUCCUUGGCGAAAGCUGCCAAUCCACAGGAGGAUAUGCCUAAAGAAGAUUUAUCUGCCGAAGUAGAAAAGAUUUCUAAUGAAGUUGCUGCCGAUGCUGGGACUGAUAAAGUGGAUUUGAUGGACUGUGCUGCAAAAGAAAUUGAAGCUUUGCCUGGUGAAAUUUUGCAGAACGAAGGUGAAAUUGAUGAGAAAGAAAAUGAUGAGGAGCCAAUGGAUUGCAUAGAAACAAAAAGGAUCACAGAAUUACCAAAUGAGGAUAUGCCUAAAGAAGAUUUAUCUGCCGAAGUAGAAGAGAUUUCUCAUGAAGUUGCUGCAGAUGCUGGGACUGAUAAAGUGGAUCUGAUGGACUGUGCUGCAAAAGAAAUUGAAGCUUUGCCCGGUGAAAAUUUGCAGAAAGAAGGUGAAAUUGAUGAGAAAGAAAAUGACGAGGAGCCAAUGGAUUGCAUAGAAACAAAAAGGAUCACAGAAUUACCAAAUGAAGAUGUCAUUGAGCAAAAAGAAAAGCUACCCAGGGAAAUUGAUAAUCAUGGAGAGACCAAUGAUGGAACUCAAUGAAUGAUUUCUCAAAGGUAUUUCCAUUUAUGUCAGCGAUGGAAUCAAAGCAACUAUUGCUUAGCACUUGCAUCUUUCAAAUACAGGUCGAUACAAGGGAAGAUAGUCUUUGUACAAUGUUCAUAUAAGGGGAGGUGGUCUUUGUAGAAGCAUUGGAUUUUGUGCUUCUACAACAGACUGCAUAAUGUGAUUAAUGUACUUACUGCUUUAGGAUUUUGCCAUUUUUUCUCUUUUUCUGGAUGCAGCACAUGCUUGAUUUUACCUAUGAGGUGUAAUUCAAUUUUGAGAUAAAUUUCCUAUUGUGGUGACUGCUCUUCUUGUCUCAUUAGCUAGUAAUUUGUUAUUGGCACCAGGAUUAACUUUUUCAUCAAUAUAAUGUGAAUAUUUUGUUGCC